ACCUCUCGGCCCAAGCUAUAUAAUAUAUAUCAUCAGCAACGACCAUACCUUAAGAAACGAUGUCGGAUUGGGGUCCCGUUUUCGUGGCGCUGGUCCUUUUCGUGCUGCUAACGCCAGGGCUGCUGUUUCAGGUUCCGGGUCACCAUAGGUGCGUCGAAUUCGGCAACUUUAAGACCAGUGGUGCUUCCAUUUUCAUCCAUUCGUUGCUGUAUUUUGGGCUCAUUUGUGUGUUUUUGCUGGCGGUUAAGGUUCAUUUGCAUUUGGGUUGAUGUUAACGUUUGAUCGUAUAUGAUCUUUGUUACCAUCAUUUGUAAUCUUUGAGGGUUUGAUUUUUUUUCAUGUUUUAAUGCUGGGUGUUGAGCUUAGUGCCUGGAAAAUUUA